AUGUCGUCGCCACCGCAGCCCGAAGUUGGCCCCGCCGAUGACUUUAUGGUGGAGCAAGGUGCUGAAUUCGCUAUCUACCACGACACGGCAAACGAACCACCACACGCUGCAGACCACGAGGAUAGCUCCGAGAGUCCUAAUGUACUGCAUGAACUCCCAGUACCUCCGCCGCCGUACGAACAAGUCUCUGAACCCUUGGGAGACACAGAGGCUAUGGAAAUUUACGAUAUGGCGCAACAAUACCAAAGAAUUACAUACCUGCUACGCGAAUCUUUAGCUGGAAGGUCGCCCACAUUCACAGAGGCUGAAAUCAACCUCGCUCGUGGCUACAUGUGUAGCACGACACGAGACAAUCUGGCAGCUGUUCAGGUUGACGGAGAAUACUUUUUCGCUCAGUACAAUCAGGCCUUGGAAUUCUUCCGUACGGCAGUCAAUGGCGCCCAAGCUUACUGGGAGCAUGUGCUUUCAGAUGAUGAGUAUAGAUCUCAUACCACUGCAUCGCCAGUCAUAGAAUUUUUGCUGGUCACUCACGUUUUGUUCCCGAGGUUGCAAGGGCUUAUCAACUUUAUGUACAGUCUUGAAGGCGAACAGGCUUAG